ACACGCCUUUGGAUAAGCUGAAUGUUAUGGGUGGGGCGCUCGUGGGAGGGGCCAGUCCACCUCCUAAAGGCUAAACUCAGACAUAUUCAUGCCAGUCGGAGAUGAAAGUCCCAUCGCGCACUGAUUGUAUUACUGAGGGAACGAAAAGGAACUUGGAAAGGACUGCUACAGAGCGAAACGGCAUCUGUUGAGGAUUGGCUAUAAAGUAAUUUUGCUUGGUACUGGGGCUUUUGAAGUUAGCCGGACGUCUGACAAGUUUGGAAGAGCGAGUUGUGAACAUAAACAGAUCACAAUGAUGACCAAACGAUUUGGUAAGCCUGGAGAAGGAGAUGUGUCUGAGCUGGUCAGUUCUCUGGCCUGGCUAGAUGAGGACCUGAGCUCCCAAGAUGGAGAGAGAGGUCCAGAGAUGGGGGGCCGCUACGGCCUGGGCCCAGGAGGCCAUGGGAGCAUUGAGCUGGGCAGCGAAGACAUGGAGGAUCAGGAGGAGGAAGACAAUUAUAAUGAUGAUGAUGAGGAGACUGGAAUGGACGGAGAGAAUGAGGCGCCCAAACGGAGGGGGCCCAAGAAGAAGAAGAUGGCCAGAGGCAGACAGGAGAGGUUCAAGGCGAGACGCACCAAGGCCAAUGCCCGCGAGCGGUCCCGCAUGCACGGGUUGAACGACGCGUUAGAUGUGUUACGUAAGGUCAUGCCCUGCGCCUCCAAGACCCAGAAACUAUCCAAGAUCGAGACCCUGCGGCUGGCCCGCAACUACAUCUGGGCCCUGUCUGAGGUGCUGGAGAGCGGUCAGUCCCCAGAGAGCCACGGCUUCACAGAGAUGUUGUGUAAAGGCCUGUCCCAGCCCACUAGCAACCUUGUGGCUGGGUGUCUCCAGCUGGGGGCUUCUGCCCCCAAAAUGAUCAACAAGCUGGAUGACAAGCCCUUUGGAGGAGCUCCAGGAGUUGGUAGUGUUGUAGCAGGGCAACCUGGUGGCCAUCACCCCCUGAGUGGUCACUACCCCUCUCCAGGCCUGCCUAGCCCCCCCUACGGGUCCCUGGAGGCCUCCCACCUCCUCCAUAUGAAGAGCUUCGAGGGAGGGCCCUACGAACAGCACCCUUCCCCUAAUGAGUGUAGUAGCAAUGGCACCCCCCCUUACGACGGGCCCCUCACACCCCCCCUCAGCAUCAGUGGCAACUUUGCCCUGAAGCAGGAACCUUCCCCCCACGAGGCUGAGAGGAACUACCCCUCCCACCCUUCCCAUUACCUCUCGUCCCUACCCCACUACCCCCCCUCCUCCCUGGCCGGGCUGCCAGGGCCUCAGGGCCACCUCUUCCAGGCCUCGCGCUACGAACUGCCCCUAGACAUCCAGGCCUUUGAAUCCUUCCCUCCACCACACAUGGUCGCCUCACAGAUGGGCACCAUCUACAGCGAGUGAAGGGGAAAGUGAAGUUGGUUGGCCAGGCAGGGGAGAGAUCCAUACACAGCCCUGCCUCUGGUCCUCCAACCUUUCUGCACAUACAUAGGCCCGUGACUCUGUGAAUGAUUGUGUAGAGAGACAAUGAUAUGACAUUUACACUGUCUAGUGUCCUACUCUGGGAGAGCAUGGAAUGCUCCGAGAGAGAGACUCAACUAAACUCAACCUACCUGGUCAUAAUGAACUACUGAAGAGAUAAAGAUGCACCCUUCAUUGUAUUACUAAUUUAUUGUCGUUGUUGAUUAUUAUUUGUGUUGACAUUAUUUGUUUUGUCAUCAUUUGUUUCUGUCUGUGUAAUAAGUCUUCCCUCAGUUCCUAUUAUAUGUAGCUGUACUAUUUGUUAACCAAAUCAGAUAUCCAGGUAUAAGCACCGCACACUGUCUCAGAGACACCCAUCCAUUUUUUAAACUAAAAUGCAAGAGUACUUGGGCUGAAAGAAAGUCCUCUCUUGUGUGCUUGAGGAUGGAGAGAAAAUGUGUCAGAAAAUGUUGCUCUUACACUCAGUUACUUCAACUUCUGCACUGAGGCCCAUACUGUAGCCAGCAUCAUUUUAGCCAUAUGAACAGAAAUGCAUUUAAUUUAUAUCCGUAUUUAAUAUUUAUUUUGACAACUAUUAUCCUUUUUGCAAUUUUCUCAGCACUGUUUUUGUUUUACUGUCUUCUUGAUAUAUAGCUUGUCGGUCACCGGCGACUUUACUAAUGAAGGAUUUAAAUUAUAAUUUUUUUCCGAAGUACGUUUCAGGAUUUUGUCUCUUAUGGUGUCCAUCACUACUGUUUUUGUAAAUACUUAGCUGUUUCGCACUUAAUUGAAUAAAUAUUCUUAUAUUAUAUACUA